CACGAGUUAGCGGUGGCUUUGGAAUCUAAAGAACAUCAUGCUGAAAGUUGCAGUAAUCGUACUCCUCGUUACCAUGACAACGUUGUCUUAUGGGAAGACGGUGUCUGUCAACACUCUUGUGAAGGUACCCAGCGCAGUCUACCCGACGAUGUAUAUCAAAGCAGUGAAACAAGAACGACGAAUUGGAUUCCUCAAGUUCACAAACAAAGUGCUGCGCUACACGGGAGCAGUGAGCUGCUCAUUGAACUGGCAAGACUGGGCUGGUGUGGGGAGACGAAAACGAAUGUGCUCCUCUUUGAUGCUCAUCCUGCUCCGAGCCUACUGUCAGUGGCUAGUGGACGCGGGGGUGCAGCCCCUCGACAGCUUCUGCUACGAACCGCCGCUGAAUUUCAAACAACAGUGACGUGAGCAGGACACACACCACAAGACAUUACCUCACAAACGUCAUCAUCAUCAUCAUCAUUAUCCACUUUACCUGAAGACAGCACCAGUCGUCCCAAGAAAACAAGGCUUAGAAUAUAUGACUUUUCUUUGUGGAUACUCAGAAAAUGAUAACAUUUCUCAUAAACAUCGUCCACAGAAUAACUUCACUUGAAGACAGCACAAGUCAUCCCAUGAAAACAAGACUUAGAAUACUCUGAAAAUACCUUAUGGAUACUCAGAAAAUUCGACACCGAACACUAAGAAGUUUAAAUACAUUAGCAGUAAACUAAUAAUUAUGUUAUUCGAAGAUAAAACUCGAGAAUACAUGAAGCAGAGAGUGCAAAACAGGUCAUUUCUGGAAGACAUAUCUUCUUGUAUCAAACCUUUUUGUACCAAACCUAAAACUACGUUCCCUGGAAUAUUUUUAUUAUUUAAGCAUAUAGAACAGAAAAUCCAAUUACGUUUGGUGCAUAUAUGACGCCGCACUCCGCAUUGGUUUCACCACGCUAGCUUAUCCAGGUGAAAAACAAAGCCAGUAUUUCGAAAGUGGGACACUUUUGACGGGCUCCUACCGAUCUCGGUUUUCAUUGG